AUGCAAGAUUUAUUAGAUAAUAAUAUCGACUUCGAUAAUGAUUUAGAUGCCAAUAACGAGGAGGAUCCCGACCCAUCUAUGGAGAAUGGAUUAAACCUUGAGAAUGUGGAUAGUGAUGAUGAAUUUGAUAAUAAUGCACUCCAUAAUUCCAAUGAUUUGGGGUUUAAACCAACAUAUAAGGAUAUACUUUGGAAAGGUAAACUAGUCAGAACUUAUGACAUGGAUUACAAAAAUGUUCCACUCGUAAAAUUACAAAUAUUUGCAUGCCUAAUUUUAUUUGUGGUCUUUGGGAUUAAUGACCAAACUACCGGGGCCUUAAUGCCUACUCUAAAGGAUAAAUAUAAUGUAUCAGAAGUAGUACUGGCAAAUAUUUUCUUAUUUCAAAUUGGAGGUUAUACGAUUUCAUCAUUGAUUAAUGAACAAAUACAUAGACUAGUGGGAGUAAGGGGUGUAGUAAUACUAGCCUGCUGUUUAUCAAUAACAUUUUAUACUUUAAUGUUCUUAGAACCCCCAAGUUUUAUAUACUAUAUUUGUUAUGUUCUACCGUUGGGGUUAAGUACAGGGCUAUUAGAUUGUACAGGUAAUGUUUUGGUAGGAGGUCUUGUUGAAAAUAAUAAUGAAUGGAUGGGUAUAAUGCAUGGAAUGUAUGGUGCUGCUUCUAUGGCCACACCUCCUAUUGCGUCACAUUUCUCUGAAUCUGGCCACUGGAAUAGAUUUUUUUUAUUACCAUUAACUGGCUCUAUUAUUGGGCUUUUAAUCAGUAUCCCCGCAUUUAGAUAUGAUAACGCCAUAAAAUAUGAUUACGAUUGUUUACAUGAAGAACAAGCUCAUCAUAUUACUGAAACUGGAUCUAGUUAUGAACAUUUUAUUAACACAGAUCGCAAUGAUUCUAAAAAACCAAUGCUUAUUGAGAUAAACAAUAACGGCUCUGCACUUGAAGAGGGAUCUAUACUAGAUUCAGAAAAUAAUCAACAAUCAAUUACAACUCUUUUAUCACAAUCAAAUACGGAAUCUGGGUUUGCUUUGCUGAAAAAGCCUCAAAUAUUGUUAUAUGCGUUAUACCUUUUCAUUUAUUUGGGAGCAGAGGUUGGUACUGGUUCAUGGUUAUUAACAUUUCUAUUAAAUAGUAAGUCAUCAGAUAGAAUUGGUAUGUCUUACGUGACCUCUUCAUAUUGGGCAGGGCUUACUUUUGGUAGAUUCACUUUAGGCUUCGUUACGAAUAGGGCAUUCAAAAAUGUCUACAGAGCCAGUACAUUCUAUAGUGUUUUAACUGUGAUUGCUUACACUUUGUUUGUGUGCAUAAGUGUAAAAGUACCAGGAGAUCCAACAAACUCCUACAGCCCUUAUUUUAUUUUGUUUUUCAUUAUUAUGUUUUUAUGCGGCGUUUUUAUUGGUCCAUUAUUCCCAAAUGCAAGUAUUGUUGCAUUACAAGUCUUACCAAAGAAAUAUCAUGUGGGAGGUAUUGGUAUUGCAGUUGCAGUAGGUGGUUGUGGUUGUGCUUUACUGCCUUAUCUAAUUGGUAUAGUUUCACAUGCUAUUAAUUUGAAUUUAUUCCCAGUACUAUGUUGGACUAUGGUAGUAUCUUUUACAUUAAUAUGGGAAUUAUAUCCGAAGUUUAUUGAGGGCCAUGAUGAAUAUUUAUAG